GCGAGCCGAGCGGUGCCGAGCGGUGCCGAGCGGUGCCGGGCGGUGCCGAGCGGUGCCGGUCGGGCGGGGCGGGGCGCGGAACGGGCCAUGGCGGCGGCGGCGGCGGCGGGCGAGGCGGCGGGGGCGGCGUUCAGCACCGCGAACAGCGGCCGGGUGAACGGGCUGAGCCGCCCGCCCGGCGCCAUCGCCAUGAAGGACCACGACGCCAUCAAGCUGUUCGUGGGGCAGAUUCCGCGCAACCUGGAGGAGAGCGACCUCAAGCCGCUCUUCGAGGAGUUCGGCCGCAUCUACGAGCUCACCGUGCUCAAGGAUCGCUUCACCGGCAUGCACAAAGGCUGUGCCUUUCUCACCUACUGCGCCCGUGACUCCGCACUGAAGGCACAGAGUGCCCUGCACGAGCAGAAGACACUGCCAGGGAUGAACCGCCCCAUCCAGGUGAAGCCGGCCGACAGCGAGGGCCGAGGAGAAGACAGGAAGCUCUUUGUGGGCAUGCUGGGGAAGCAGCAGAGCGAGGAUGACGUCCGCCGCCUCUUUGAGCCCUUCGGCCAGAUUGAGGAAUGCACCAUCCUCCGAGGGCCUGACGGAGCCAGCAAAGGUUGUGCCUUUGUGAAAUACGGCAGCCACGCCGAGGCACAGGCUGCCAUCAACAGCCUGCACGGCAGCCAAACUAUGCCGGGCGCCUCGUCCAGCCUGGUGGUGAAGUUUGCAGACACAGAUAAGGAGAGGACCCUGCGGCGGAUGCAUCAGAUGGCGGGGCAGCUGGGCAUCUUCAACCCCAUGACCAUCCAGUUUGGCGCCUACGGGGCCUACACGCAAGCGAUCAUGCAGCAGCAGGCAGCCCUGAUGGCAGCCGCGCAGGGCACCUGUCUCAACCCCAUGGCUGCCAUCGCUGCCGCCCAGAUGCAACAAAUGGCCGCCUUCAAUGUCAGCGGGCUGGUGGCUGCCCCCCUCACCCCCUCUUCAGGUACAAGCACCCCUCCGGGGAUCAGCACGGCGCCGGUGCCCAGCAUUGCCACGCCCAUUGGGGUGAACGGCUUCAGCCCGCUGCCGCCGCAGACAAACGGGCAGCCCGCCUCCGAGACCAUCUACACCAAUGGCAUCCACCCCUACCCAGCUCAAAGCCCCACGGUGGCAGACCCCCUCCAGCAGGCCUACGCCGGCAUGCAGCACUAUGCAGCAGCAUAUCCCACUGCCUACGCUCCCAUCAGCCAAGCCUUUCCCCAGCAAGCGCCCCUCAUCCCGCAGCAGCAGAGAGAAGGUCCCGAGGGCUGUAACCUGUUUAUUUAUCACCUGCCCCAGGAGUUCGGGGACGCGGAGCUCACGCAGAUGUUUUUGCCUUUCGGCAACGUCAUCUCUGCCAAAGUCUUUGUGGACCGUGCCACCAACCAGAGUAAAUGCUUUGGUUUCGUCAGUUUUGACAAUCCGACGAGUGCUCAGGCGGCCAUUCAGGCCAUGAAUGGCUUCCAGAUCGGCAUGAAGAGGCUAAAAGUGCAGCUAAAGCGGCCGAAAGAUGCCAACAGACCCUACUGACCCCAGCUCGGCCUGCGGAGAGGUCGGACGUCCCGCAGUGUCUGACGACUUUCCCCUUCCCCAAGUGCAGUAUCCAAACCCGUAACUCUCUUUCUUUGCGACACACCCCGGAGGAGGAAAAGGAGGAGGAGGAGGUGAAGGAGAAAAAGGCAAAGAAGAGAGCGUUUUGGUCGUAGCUUUUCCUUUUUGAAUUUUUUCCCAAACUGGUCUUGUUUGUUGUUUAACGGGAAUGAGAGGAAGACAAGGAAGGAGGGGAGCGAUGCGGUGCCGGGGCUGCGAUUCGCCGCCGGCCGCUCGCCGGGACUCACCGGAUCCCUCACUGGGAGCAAGGCCGAUGGCUCCGGGCAGCCGGGCCACGAUCUACCUUUGUUUUUUGGGUUUUUUUUAAAGCACUCAUUUGCUGCUACCGAUUUCCCAGGAGAAACGAGGAAAAGAGGCUCCAAAUGGAUUCUUAAACCAAAGCCGGUGGGACGGGACCAGCCUCGGGCGCUUCACCUGGAGGAUGUUUGUUUGGAUGAUAAAGAAAAACGGCAAGAUUUUCCUUUUUCCCUGCAUAGGGGGAAAAAAAAAGAAGGAUCAAAGUAUGUUGGACUUAUAGAAGAUAUAUAUAAAUAAGUAUAUAUAUAUAUAUAUCCCAUGGAGCAGGGUGGCGGGACACGCGCUUCCCCUGCUUGUCACUGGCACAGGGACAUAGGAUUACUUGUUUCAGAGUCAUAUCAUUCCUUAGAGUUUAGGGACCAAAGGACUAUUGCUUUUUUUAAAUAUAUCUAUAAAUAAAUUAAUUUAAAAAAAACAAACAAAACAAAACACACAAAAAAACUUCGGGAAAGGAGGAGAAAAUCCAACAAAAAUUAAGAAGGUUGAGUAAAACCCUCGGGCAUUCAGAGCCACGAGCGUUUCCUACAGGGCUCGGAUUUGGGGGGUUCAAGGGCUCGGUUUCGGGGGCCAGUUUGUGGCGGGGGAUUGGGGGGAUGCAGAGGGGAUUUGAGGAGGGGACUUCAGUGGCUCCCCCAGCUCCAUAGCCCAGGGGGAGUUGGAGCCCCUGGGUCGCCUCUGGCAGAGGGCGGAGUGAUGCGGUUCUUUGCAUUUUGGGUUGGUUUGGGGGGAUUUUUGGGUUGGGUUUUUUUUUUUCAGCCAAAAAAACUUAAGAAAAAAAAGAAAAAUGUGAGGUUUCGGCCAAAAUGAAGUGAAGCGAAAUAAACUUAUUUUGUCAAAAUCGU